AGACUCAUAACCCGCUAAACGACAUCAAGUUUGAUUUCUUCUGAUUUCAGACCUGCAUGUACAAGUCUAAGACCAACAAACCAAGCAUGCAAAGCAAAACACAUCUUUAUUUCCGCUAUAGACAACCAAACUAACUUCUCCCACUCUGUAGAUUUCUUCUGUAUUUAUUUUAAGUGUUCACAUCGGAAUCAUGGGUAAGCAGCGAAAUGGAACAAUCACAAGCAGCAAGCUGGUUGAGCCAUCAACAGUUAUGGAAUUACAUUCGCCAGAGGAGAACCAAUUUCAAUUAAUUUCUUCAUCUGUUGAUUCACAAGUUCAAUCUUGCUGUUCUGCCUGCUUAGGCAAAAACAGUUGCCGAACAGUUCGUUCAAGAACAAAACUGAUGAAUACUUUGAUUGAAAGAGGGAAACCUCAUGAAGCCCAUUUGAUUUUCAAUAAUUUAAUAGAAGAUGGGCAUAGACCAACUCUUAUAACAUACACAACUUUUGUAGCUGCUUUGACUCAGCAGAAACGUUUCAAGUCCAUUCUUUUACUCAUCUCUGAAGUGGAACAAAAUGGGAUCAAGCCUGAUUCCAUACUCUUCAAUGCCAUGAUAAAUGCCUUUUCUGAAUCUGGAAAUGUGAAAGAAGCCAUGAGAAUCUUUCAGAAAAUGAAGGACAGUGGAUGUAAGCCCACAACUAGCACAUUUAAUACCCUUGUUAAAGGGUAUGGGAAUGCUGGUAAGCUUGAAGAAGCUUUGAAGUUGUUAGAUUCAAUGAUGCUGGAUGGAAGCGUGAAACCAAAUGACAGGACAUAUAAUAUUCUAGUUAGAGCUUGGUGCAACAAGAAAAACAUAAAGGAAGCAUGGAAUGUCGUGUAUAAGAUGGUAGCAUCAGGUAUGCAACCUGAUGUUGUCACAUACAACAUACUAGCAAGGGCUUAUGCUCAGAAAGGGGAGACAAGCAUGGCUGAAGAGAUGAUAUUGGAAAUGGAGAACAAGAGAGUUGCACCCAAUGAGCGGACUUGUGGAAUCAUUGUUAAUGGCUAUUGCAAAGAAGGUAAUAUGAUUGAAGCCUUGAGGUUUGUGUACAGAAUGAAGGAGCUUGCAGUGCACCCUAAUCUUGUUGUUUUCAAUUCCCUCAUCAAAGGAUUUCUUGAUAUCACAGAUACUGAUGGAGUUGAUGAGGCAUUGUCUUUGAUGGAAGAAUAUGGAGUCAAGCCAGAUGUUGUAACAUUUAGCACAAUCAUGAAUGCAUGGAGCUCGGCAGGGCUCAUGGACAAAUGCCAAGAAAUUUUCAAUGACAUGGAGAAGGCUGGGAUAGAACCCGAUAUCCAUGCAUUUAGUAUUCUUGCAAAAGGAUACGUGCGUGCUGGAGAACCGGAGAAGGCUGAGUCAGUCCUGAUUUCAAUGAGCAAAUCUGGUGUUCUCCCAAAUGUUGUUAUCUGCACCACUGUAAUCAGUGGAUGGUGCACUGCUGGGAACAUGGAUAAUGCAAUUAAGAUUUAUGAGAAGAUGUGUGAAAUUGGCAUUCCCCCCAAUUUGAAAACUUUUGAGACCCUGAUAUGGGGUUAUGCAGAAGCAAGACAGCCAUGGAAAGCAGAAGAGUUGCUGCAAACAAUGGAAGAAAAGGGAGUCUUUCCUGAGGAGAGCACUAUGCAGCUUGUUGCAGAUGCAUGGCGAGCCAUUGGUUUAUCAAGUGAAGCCAAUAGAAUUAUGAAAAAUGAAGCAGCAGGAGAGGAAAUUAUUGCAGAUGAUAAGAAAGGUCAGAUUCCUGUAGAGAGCUUGGAAAGGAUUUAUAAAGAUCAAAACCUUGGUGCUUCUUACUCUAAGAUCUUGCAGAUACCUGGAGAAGUUAUUACCAAACAAAAUGGAUCUUCUGUUAAAAUUAGAACCCAAAUGAUCCAUAGGAAUUUUAGGUCUUCAUCUGAAAUUCUGUGGACGAGUACUAACUCUAUCUUCCUUAACCAUAUGCGUACAUUCAGGAUGCCACCGCAAAUUGUAUGCAGAAAGCAACACAGUCGUUGUUUGGCAAUACACAGGAAGUUUGUAAAUUCAGGUAGAAUCAUAUCCAUAAAUUGACACGGAAAUGUUGAGAUUGCUAUCAGGGCAAGCAUGGAAAGCAUUGAUGAUUUCUUUCUGCUUCAAGUUGUAGAUACUGUAAUUCCUAUAUCAUACAUUCUUGGUACUUCCAUUGCUUGGAAUCAUUGAUCGAAAUCUUAUAGACCAUUUUUUCACUUCUUGUAAUGUUGAUUAUGCAAGGCAUAUUUAUCUAUCAUUACAAUGACAUGGGACUGUUUCAUUCGA